GCCCCGCCCCCGGGCCCCGCUUCCCGCCGCGCCCGGAAGGAAGGACGGACGAGCGGGGCCUCGGCGCUGGUGCUGCCCGCGCGGACCCACAUUUACGUUGAUCAUUGGAGAAAACUCCGCAGGUGAUGGAGGACUCACUGCAUGAAGACUCUCAGCCAUGGUAUAGUCAACAAGUAUAUGCAAGGUACUGGAAGCAUUACAACCAAGCCAUGCACUGGAUGUACAAGCACAAAAACGCCUACAGGAAAGCCAUGGAGUCCUUUUAUCAUCUGUCAUGGUAUCCAUCCGAAACCUUUCCUACAAGCCGGUAUUCGGAUUGGGAUGGAGGCAACCCAUCAGAUGCUGACAACUAUUCUACCUACACCCCAAACAGCAGAGCGCGAUACCCUUCCUGGCCCCAGCAGUACCCAGGUGCCCAUUGCAGUUCCGGAGUGAGCAAGGAUAUGGGUAGGGAUUCUGAAAUAGAGAAGGAUUCUGAGUCUGAAGAGGAGAUAGAAUGUGACCUGAGCAACAUGGAGAUCACAGAGGAGCUCCGCCAGUAUUUUGCACAGACAGAGGCUCACAGGCAGGAGUUACGAAAGCAGCAGCAGCUAGAAGCCGAGCACCAGGACAUGUAUGUUGAAGCUGAUCAUGACCUGCACCUAACAACACGACGUUCGGUACAACCCCCUGCAGAAAGACCCGGGGAGAGACGUAUGGCUGAAAUGAAGAAACUCUAUGGUGUGGGUGCUGCCAAAAUCCAAGCCAUGGAGACUGCCAUGCAACUUGCCUUUGAUAGGAACUGUGAUAAAAAGCAGCCCAAGUACUGGCCUGUUAUCCCCCUGAAACUGUGAGCUGUAUCAUCUUCUGUACUAGCAGUCGAGCGCUGCAGCUGUGGGUGCCCAAUCAGGCUACACAGCUCAAUGAAUGAAUCAGGGGUCAUCAUUUGUUCUCCUUUCCCCUCCUGCCAAGCACACUCCCCCUCUUCUUUUUAAUCUGUCUACCAGAGUUUUCAGAAUCUAUAGCAUCUCCACAGGGAUGUGCUGAAGUAUUGAUUUGUACUGUAGGGAUAGUGAAAUUUUACUUCUUUUUAAAAUGUAUAUUUUCAUUAAUUUAAUGUUGGUGUGCCUUGACCAUGCUUGCAGGAAAUGAAAUAGCAUUUGUUUGCACUUAGUGAGCUCAGAAGACUGUUCAGCAACACAAAAAUCUCUACAGAUGAUCCACUUAUUUAUUAUUUUUAAUAUAGUAGCCUUGAGAUCCAUUUUAACACAGUACAACUUGAAGUGUUGUGAAUUCUGAACCCUCAUCCUUGAUUUGGGGAUCCUGCAGUCAAUUGGCAAAGGUACAAAAUACUAAAUUACUAUAGCACAGCCAUUUGAAAGCUCUUUGAAAGCUUUAUAAUAAGGCAGGAAUUUUUUAUUCCACUCUGAAACUUGGCAGGCAGAAUUUCAAUCCAGAAGCAAACUUAUAUGAAAACAUUAAAAAAGAAAUUUUGGCCAUUUUUAUUAUACAGUUGUUUAGCAUGGUAGCAAAAAUGUCUAAUUGAUUUGAUACAUUAAAAAAAAGGAAUAUUAAACCAGCGGAGAGGGUUAGGUUGCAGUUCUGUCACCCUUCAGUCACACUGAGUAGUGUCUUACUCAACUAAUAAUUCCAUUGACUUGUGAACUCAAUGAGUAAGCAAUACUCACUAUGAAUAAAGGAGACAGAAUUGUGCCCUUAAUGUUGAAAAGUGAGUACUCUGGAUAUGUAAUCCUGAAAAUCCUUCUGUAAAGCAGCUGUGUGUCACUAUUGUAUACUUAGUUUGCACCAAAACAAAUCUUCACCCAAUCAAAGUAAUACUGACUUCAGACAUUUUUCUGUAGAAAGAGUUGUGUGACGAAUAUGAUGAUUAAAUGGCCUCUCUGUAAUAUGCAGUAUUUCCAUGCUACAUUAUAAGUGGUUCCAAAGAAACAUAUUAGUGACUUAACUGUCAUAAACAUGGGUGACCCGUUUUUGGGGUAGAGAAGGCUGAGGCUGAAGUUCCAACCGUUUAAUUUGCUCUAGCUAUGUCCUGUACUUGCCUAUAUGGUCUAGCCCAGUGGUCCGCAAUGCGGUGCCUGCGGGUGCCAUGGCACCCGCGGGGGCAUCUUAAUGCACCUGCGCCCUGGCCCCCGGGAGGGCACCCUCCGAAAUGCUGCCAAAUUUCAGCGGCAUUUCGGCGGGGAUACCUCUUGAUAACGACGCUUGUUGCGGACAAGUGAUGUCAUCGAGAGGCGUCGCCCCCGAAUUUCGGCGGGGGCGCCUCUCGAUGACGUCACUUGUCGACGGCAAGCGGUGUGAUCGAGAGGUGUCGCCGCCGAAAUGCCGCCGAAAUUCGGCAGCAUUUUCGCGAGUGCUCCACCACCGCAGUGUUCCUUCGGCUGGCACCCGCCAGCCAAAAAGGUUAGGGACCACUGGUCUAGCCGUUGUAGCAUGUGUGGCAUAUAAUAAACCACAUUAAUCUCUCUGCCCUUUGCUAUAUUCUGGUAGACCAGAGCAAAUUUCAGAUUUAACUUUGAAUUUCCUUGUUCUUAUCACUUAAUGUUACAGCUUCAAAAGUACUUUAUUUUUCAUUCUAACUGAAUAUAACAUGCAUAACAUGAAGUGGUAAGAUUGAACUCCUUAAAAUUAAAAGCUUCUAGACUCCAAGACUCAUUACCGAUGUAAUUGAACUAACAAGCUUGUACACAGGGAAAAAAAUAAGCUGGGGUUGUGAAAUGUAAUCCUGCAUUUGGUGUACUUUAAUUUUGUCAUGGUAUGUAUGUUAGCGAUCGACUAUGAAAUGUUGGGAAUUAGUGUUUUUGCUAGGAUCUCUCUUGGUUGACAGAAUAAACUUUUAUCUUCUCAUAUAAA